AUGGCUUCCAACAGCAUCAAGCUGUUGACGGGCAACUCCCACAGUCAACUGGCUAAGCUGGUAGCCGAUCGUCUCGGUAUUGAACUGGCGAAGAUUAUGGUGCUUCAGUAUUCGAACAACGAGUCGAGCAUAUCAAUAGGCGAGUCAGUGCGAGACGAAGACGUCUUCAUUCUCCAAUCCACCGAACCCGGCAACAUCAACGACCAUAUCAUGGAGCUCCUCAUCCUCAUCAACGCCUGUCGAACAGCCUCCGCGCGGCGAAUCACAGCGGUCCUUCCCAACUUCCCGUACGCCAGACAGGAUAAGAAGGAUAAGAGUAGGGCUCCUAUCACCGCGAAGCUGAUGGCCAACAUGCUGCAAACCGCGGGAUGCAACCACAUCAUCACCAUGGACCUACACGCGAGUCAGAUCCAGGGCUUCUUCAACGUACCUGUGGACAACCUCUACGCAGAACCCUCGACGCUGAGGUGGAUAAGAGAAAACCUUACGGUUCAGGACUGCGUGAUUGUCUCGCCUGAUGCGGGUGGUGCGAAGAGAGCGACGAGCAUAGCCGAUGGUUUGGAUCUGGGCUUUGCGCUCAUUCACAAGGAACGAGCGAGACCGAAUGAAGUCUCGCGCAUGACUCUGGUUGGAGACGUCAAGGGCAAGAUUGCGAUCAUCGUGGACGACAUGGCAGAUACGUGCGGCACUCUGGUCAAGGCGGCAGAUGUUGUCAUGGAGCAUGGCGCGAGUGAGGCCAUUGCGAUAGUAACGCACGGCAUUCUCAGCGGCAAUGCUAUCGAGAAGCUGAACGGCAGCAAGCUGAAGAAGCUGGUCGUCACGAACACGGUACCGCAUGAGGAGAAGAAGAAGUUGUGUGAUCGGAUAGAGACGAUCGAUAUCAGUCCUACGCUCGCCGAGGCAUGUCGGAGAACACACAACGGCGAGAGCGUGUCCUUCCUCUUCAAGCAUGCACCAUUGGACUAG